AUGGCGGGCGAAACUGGGCCUGUGGCCCUCUCGCGGGCCAUGUCGAUGCUCAUUACAGCCUUCUUCGCCAUCUCCUCCUAUAACGUGCUCGAAAUCACCAUCACGAUUUUCACGACCUUUAAGCGUCGGAAAGGGCUCUACUUCUGGAGCAUGCUUAUCGCCAACUGGGGAAUCCUGCUCCAUGCCAUCGUUGUCUUCCUGCGCUUUUUCGGUCUUGCACCCAACCUCCCCAUGUGCGUGCUCACCGUGCUGGGUUGGUAUGCCAUGGUGACUGGGCAGUCCGUAGUGCUCUACUCGCGACUCUACCUCGUCACCGGCGACACAAGACGCUAUCGCUGGGUUCUCUAUAUGAUCAUCGUCAAUUUCUGUAUCCUGCAUGUCCCCGUGAGCAUUCUCUUCCUCGGUAGCAACGCCGGCGACGACCGUUUCGCCAAACCAUUCAACGUCUACGAAAAAAUCCAGCUGGCUGGAUUCUGCGCCCAGGAGAUCACCAUCAGCGCCGUUUACAUUUGGGAAGCGACGACAGCUCUCCGCCCCGUGCUUGCAGUCAAAGGCCGAGCGGGCCAUUAUGUCUGGCUGCAUCUCAUCGUCGUCAACUGCCUCAUCAUCCUCCUAGACGCGUCGCUCCUGGCAACCGAAUAUACCAACAACUUCGACGUGCAAACCACCUACAAAACCGUCGUCUACAGUAUCAAGUUGAAAAUGGAAUUCAGUGUGCUGAAUCGUUUGAUUGGCGUCGUGCGGACAGGCACCACCAUCGACGACUGCAUUGAACGAGAGACACCGGCUCUUAACCAUAGGUCAAAUGACAGCCACGCUUUCUGA